CAGCGAACAUUGCAUUCGACACGGAUUUAGUUACCGCAAAGCGAUUGUCGGCAAUGGUCCAAACAUCGAUUCUGAUCACUUUAUGUCGUCUGAUUGGACUCUGCAAUCUUCGAUAUGUGCCGGAAAGAGGACGCUUCGAGAGGGACAAUGGACCCAUGUUGAUCUAUUGGGUGUCUCUGCAUUUGUUCUACGUAUUGUUGAUGCCCUGCAUUAUUUUCGUUAUGGUUCGCAGUUACUUCCAUUGCCGGCAAAUGGAUAUCCUGGCCGAGGCGUACAGUGUCGUCUGUUUGGCCAAGUCAUGUCUCAUGAUGCUGCUUCUCUCCAGGACUUGGCUGCAACGUCGUCGAUGGCAACGCUUGGGAAACGGAUUCUUGGCAUUUCAGCAACUUUAUCGUCGAGAUCUGAUGAAGUUUGGAUAUAGCUACUGGCUUCAAAAUCUAUGGAAAACUAUGCUCAGUCUAUCGAAUUUUAUGCUAUUGACUCAUUCGCUCUUUGGACCUGGCAGCCUUCUCAUGUGUGGCAAUAUCCAUGAUGAGGUGACUGAAAUGUCCACCUCUUAUAUAUUUCUAUCGCUGGUUAUUCUGUCCAUGGAAUUGAUAGUAAGCUUCGCAGAUUUCUGGAUAUAUUAUAUGAUGGACACUAGCAACUGGGUGCUCGAUUGCCUAUCGCAUGAGGCGCAGGAUCUGAGGCAGGAUAUGCGUUGGUUGCCCCAACGACGACGUGGCUGCCACCGAGUCGUCUACCAACAACAGCUCCUGGCUGGAUGGCAGCGACUCUGGAGGCGUUGCAUGCGUCUGGACAGAUUGAUCCUUGAGCUGCUACAUAUAUGCAAGUGGCAGAUACUUCUGAAUCUCUUUACCAACUAUCUGACAGAUAUCACAAUCAUAUUCAAUCUUGUCAUCUACUCAAAUGGAUCUUAUGUUCUGUGGAGCCUCAUUGGUUAUAUGAUUCUAUGUACAUUAUUUCAUUGGGAAAUUAUGUCCUACUUCUCCAUCUUUGAAACGAAUCAAUUAAAGUGGAUGCAUCUACUUCAUUGCCUGCAGAAACUUUGGGGCACAGUCAGUUCGAUGGACAUUGAUUGGCCUGAAGAUACUCGUUGUAUUGUACUUUAUCGACAGCUGGAAUUUGCUCUCAUUUUCCUCAAUCGAAAGCUGCAGCGCCGUCCGGAUCGAACUCGUAGGCUACACAUUGCCGGACUAUUCGAUAUGAACAGAAGAUCCGGAUAUUGCGUGAGCACAUCCAUUGCAAUAAAUGUCCUCAUUCUUUGGCAAAUUGCAUAUAAGAAUUACUAUUAA